AUGCUUUCCCAGAAGCUGCUUUCUGCCCUCGCGGCUCUGACCCCUUUGGCGUCUGCCUAUGAUGUCUUUGCUCAUUACAUGGUCCAAGGUCUUGACGGUACCACCGACCACGCCUCGAAAGACAUUACUGCAGCUCAAGAUAUGGGCAUCGCGGCCUUUGCUCUCAACGUCGGGAACCCCACUGCAGACUGGGCCACCGAUGCCAUCCAGCAACUGUUCGAUGCUGCCGCCGACACGAAGGUCAAGCUCUUCUUCUCCCUGGACACGUGCCAGGAGGCCGAUGUGUAUGCCUACACGAGCCUGAUCCAGAAGUACUACGACCAUUCCGCCUACUACCAUGCGGGUGACAACAGCAACCCCUUCCUCAGCACCUUCCAGUCGGCCGCGCAAGGCCCCGAUUACUGGUCCAGCUUCCUGGGGCAGCUCGGCAAGACCAUGUACUUCGUGCCCAUGUUCGACGACACCGAGGGCUACUACACGGACAUUGCUAGCUGGAUGUCGUCGUGGGGCAGUGUUGUCGAUGGUCUCUUCAGCUGGGAGCAAGCUUGGCCCGGCCAGAGCAACUCGCCAGCCAACGUCAGCAGCAAGUUGGACGAGUACGUGAUGGACGGCGCCACCGACAAGGCCUACAUGAUGGGCCUGUCGAGUCUGCAGUACAAGCACUGGGAGAGCAACCUCUACUACAGAAGCGGCGAGGUCAACAUGCCGCAGCGCAUGACCGAGAUCCUCUCGCUCGAGUCACGCCCCGAAUUCGUCGAGAUUAUCACUUGGAACGAUGCGGGAGAGAGCCACUACAUCGGCAGCUUAUGGUCGGAGGGUCUUGACGACCAGAUCCUGGCCUACGCCAACGAGGACGACUGGUCGCACGUCGGCUGGCAGCCGCUGAUCACCUCGUUCAUCAAUGCGUUCACGAACGGCACCGACGCCGCGGGCAUGCGGCCGCCUCAGGGCUCCGAUGUCAUUGGCUCCAUGUGGUACCGCGCCCUCACGGUCGACGCCGACUGCACCGCCGAUACAUCGGGCAAGCCACCCGGCGCCGGCGCGGCGCAGGACGCCGUGAACUGGGCUGUCGUCGUUGGCGAGGGCGUCACCGGGUACAAGGUCCAGGUGUGGAGCGACAGCGUGAUGAUCAGGAGCACCGACUUGGACGUCGGUCUCAACUACUUCUCUGCCCCCGACAUGCGCACUGGGUGCCAGUACGUCGAGGUCGUUGAUGCUGACAACAACAUCAUCAUCUCGGCGACCGGAGCCAAGGACGUUGUGUCCACGGCCGUGGACGGGAUCUGCAACUACAACUUCCAGGUCGCCGAGCUGAAGCGAAGCGCAUGA